AUGGGCGAUAAUUUGUUGAAAAAAGUGAAAUCCAAAAGAAAAAAUGAAAUUUCUGAUGAAAAUGUCGAUUCAGUUGUCAUAAGUAGCCCAAAUAAAAAAGAUGUUUGUGGAGAAUCAAACAGUGACGGCGGUAGUGACGUUGAAAGUCAACAAACAAUAAAAAAAAAUAAAGAAAACAGGUCGACCAAGAAUAAUUCCAAAUGUGAUGAAAAGUCUAAGCAGCUGAAAUAUUAUGAGAAGAUUGCUAGACAUUGUCGAUUAUUACCUGUUGGUGCACGAUACAAAGCUACUUUUGAGUUCUGCUCCAAUGAAAAAGAUAAAAUUGAAAAAAUUAAAACUAUACUUAAAAAUGCUGGAAUGACAGGUCGAAUAAGUAUGGAAGAAGCAGAAAAGUUGAAACUGAGACAGGAGGCAGCUGAACUCAACACCGACAACAUAAUUAGUUUGAGUGGUAAUCUUUCAUUUUAA